AUGAAUGCAAUAAAUCUUGCUGGACGUGAUGUGACAAAUUCCAUGAUGCAACUGUUCACACAACGGAACUACUCCUUCUCAACUACAAGUGAACGUGAAAUAGUCCGAGACAUCAAAGAAAAACACUCGUAUGUUGCGCUAGACUUCGAAAACGAAUUAGCGAGUGAGAAGAACUACGAACUGCCUGAUGGUCAAGUGAUCACUAUUGGUAGUGAACGCUUUCGUUGUUCAGAACUACUUUUUCAACCAAGACUAUUCGGAUAUCAAGAAUUAGGUGUUGUCGAAAUGAUAGAGUACCAUUAUGAAAAGUGA